AUGGAUCGUGCUGCUCAAGAGUUAGCGAUGAAAAUGGCCAGCAUGAGAACCGAUCUCGGGGACUGGAAACCACCAACAGCAGCGUCCUCGAGUCCUCCAGCAGUGGAGCGUCAAGAUUCGCUGUCCGCGAUUCCGCCACGGAAAAGAAGUUCGCUCAAAGAAACGCAACAAGAUUCAACUGGAUCACUCGAACUUCCAGCACAUCUUAACACCAAACAGAGGGACAGUGUCACUCCUGUUGAGAACCAGGCGAUCCGAAACUUACCGGCUCCAGCAUGGGCAGACUUUGAGACCUCGGCUCCAGAGUUACCACCCAGUGAAAGCGGAUUCUUCAGCAAUAAAGACAGCAACAAUGCAAAUGAUCUAUCGACUCAGGACAGCUAUGAUCCGUUCAUCAUACCAACGCAGUUCAAGCCGGAACGAGAUCCGUUUGCUCCUCCUGACAAGGACCUCAUCGACGAAGACUACGAUCCAUUUGCUGUACAACCGGUGGAGGACAUUGUGGCCGCAGCAAAAGCCAAGGCAGAAGAAGCCCGAUUGGCCAAGGAGGCUCAUGACGACGUCGACUUCUUUGGAGGGACACGACACACUUCAGGACAAAUUACUCGUCUUGUGGACGGUCAUAUCACUAAGUACGGACUACCGCUAGAGCACACCGCCCAAUGUACGGUCCUGCUCAAGUUCGGUUCACUCACGUACGGUGAACUGCAGUCGUUUGUGGCCACUAUCGAGGACGUGCUAUUCAAGUGUCCUGCCAAACGAGACACCAAACCUGUCUAUAAGCAAGACGAAGUUCAGAUUCAUUGCUACGACGAGUAUUCCGCCUAUGUCGACAAAGAAGGGGUGCUUUCGGAUCAGAAAGCCAGGGUGCGGCUGUUCUGCCUCGCUUUUGUAAGCGGCUCUCCGUUCUUGGAAAUUGGAUUGAACGAUAGGAGAAGGCAAGGAAAGGAAAUUGUGCGGCGAAAAGACAUCCUGCCGAUGUACACGGAACGAUGGAUUCGAUUUGAAGAUGUGGAAUUCCACUCUACAGUAGAUAAAGCAGCUUUUGAGAGUGAACAGGUGAUCCGACUCAGUCCUCCUGAUGGAUGCUUCUUCGAGGUCAUGCGAUUCCGCAUUCGUCCACCAAGGAAUAGGGAGAAAGCCCUGACCAUCAAGUGGAAAUCCGUAUCGAGGCGAUGGCAGCUGCACAAAUUGAGAAGAGUCGAGGAGGAAAAAGUACACGAAGACAAAUUCCGUGUGAAGACAUCGCUAUCCGAUUUCCCAUCCCAGAAGCCUGGAUCUACAUCUUUAGGGAAGAGCGACAUUGGGGUGUUGGAUCUGUUCACUCAAAGAAACUUGCGGCCAGGAAAAGUCAAGAACCUGAAAGAUCGACUACUCGGAGCAGUUCAAUCGAAUGAAGCAAAUCUGAUCGAAUGCGCCAUAGGAGAAGCCAAGUAUGAACACGUAUAUCGAUCACUCGUCUGGAGAAUUCCACGGAUCCCCGAGAAACACCAUGCGGCCUAUAAAUCACAUCUGCUCAGAUGUCGCUUCGAAUUGUCAUCAUUCGAUUUGAUGCCCGAUGCGUUCCUUCCCCGAUGCGAGGUUGAUUUCACUAUGCCGUUGGCUACAGUAUCGAAUACGGUAGUGCGGUCGGUGUCAGUUGAACAGCAUGAGGAUUCGGACAGAGUGGAAAAGUUUGUACGAUACGUUGCCAAAUGCCAGUACAAGGUGGAAAUUGACUACGUACAGUGCGCUGAUCUCGAAAUUGAUACUCUGGAUCCGUCGACGAAUCCCGAUGAAGCAAUGAAUACCGUACCUGAGCUGCAUCAACCAGCUUUCCAACCGGCUGAAAUUGAACAAGUGCACGAAGGG